AUGAACCCUCGGGACGUGAGCUUCAACGCGCACGAGCAGCUCGAGAUACUGGCCGAAAUCAUCAAGACCAGCAAUAUACAUCCAGACGCGGUCGCUCACUUUAUACGACAGAACGGCAUCAGCCCCGUUUGGGGUGAUGUGGCGCUCCCAAGGGGACGAACUGUCAAUCAAUGCAGCAGCUGGUUUUACAGUAUCAUGAAUCAACCUGGGCCCUCUGCUGGGCCCACUUCGGGUCAUAACAGAUCGCAGAGUCUUCAGGGUCCCAUUCCAGCAUCCUCUCUGAAACGUCCCUUCAGUCCGGAUCAACCUUCCUUUGCAGGUGGCCGUCUGCUUGUACCCAAGCCACCUAUGUCUACCAUCGGCAACAUACUCAAUCAACAGACCGAACCGCCAAAGAAGAAACGCGGCAGACCUACCAAUGCAGAGAAGGCCGCUAGAAGCCAGCAGGACCUCUUGCACGGACAGACGCUGCAGCCUCCUAGACGCGUACCUGCACUUUCGAGUAGCAGCAGCACCGGUGCCGUCGCACCGAGUUCUUUAUCUAUCGCAGCACAGGCUGCCCAAGCUGCCAUGACGCCGCAGAUUCACGAUCGACCUACAAGCGCUGGAGCGGCUGAGACCUCAUCUGGCAAGAAGAUCCUGGGUCGUACUUCCAGCAUCGACAGAGGGCCGCGGCCGCUACAACAAGAGUAUGGCGAGCCUACAAGGCCUAGUCAUCCUGGUCCAUCACGAUACCCAAACAUACUAUCUCCUGAACAGGACCCAGGAGAGGGUAGUCCCAGACGACCAGAAGACUCUCCAAGGGGCGAUCCAGCCAUAUACCGAUAA